AUGCAAGUGGGUAUUGACAACCACCCCAGCAUCCGAAAAGCCACCCCGAAGAACGCCUCUGGCCCAGUCAUAGCAGUCAAAUUCAUCAACAAAGAGCACGCCUACCGCGCCGGCCGCCUACGCCCCAAACAACUCCACAUCGAACUCUCCCUCCACAAACACGUCUGUCCGCACGACAACAUCGUCCGCUUCAUCACCUACGGCGAGGACUCAGCAUGGAUAUGGCUGGCGCUGGAGCUUGCGGAAGGCGGUGAUCUCUUCGACAAGAUCGAGGCAGAUGAGGGCGUAGGAGAGGAGAUUGCACACUUCUACUUUACACAGCUAUGCGCUGCGAUAUCCUGGUGUCAUGGCAGGGGCGUGGCGCACCGAGAUAUCAAGCCGGAGAACAUGCUGUUGGAUGGAGAGGGGAAUUUGAAGUUGGCAGAUUUCGGGCUGGCGACGCAGUAUUUGGAUCUAAAGAGCGGGAAGCGGAAGUCUUGUGGUAUGGUAUGCGGGAGUCCGCCGUACAUUGCGCCGGAAAUACUGGCGGUGGGAAAUGCGAAUUGCAAGAGGAAGAAUGGGGAGGAUAAGGCUGGGUACGAUCCUUCGGUUACGGAUAUCUGGUCUUGCGCGAUCGUGCUGUUUGUGCUGCUGGUUGGAAAUACGCCGUGGGACUCGCCGGUGCUGGAGGAGAGCUAUGAGUAUCACGACUACGUUACGUCGAAGGGCAAGCCGCAAGAUGAGCUGUGGACAAAAGUGCCGAGCGCGGCAGUUAGUCUCGUGCGCGGGAUGCUGAGGGUGGACGCAGCAGACCGCUUCACCAUGGCCGAUGUACGAAAACAUCCCUGGUUCACAAAGCAAAACACCCACCUCAACGACAAGGGCAAAGUGGGAGACCCUAUCAAACUCGCCACUCAAAUGCUCGAGAGCCUGCACAUCGACUUCUCCGCCGACAAACCCGCAUCCCAACAGCAAUCCCGAUCCCAACCCGACGCCAUGGACAUCGACUCCCAACCCCCCGCCUGGACAAAACUCGCCUCCACCCAGCCAGAAACCCCCGUCGCCGAAGUGACCUUCGACUGGGAAGCGCCUCCUCGACUGGGCGCCGGUAUCAGCGCAUCGCAGCCCUUGACCUCGCACAUGGACCUCCCAGCCUCAAAAAUCGAUCACGCGGCCUUUCUGGCCGAACUCUCGGAAGACCCCUCCAUGUCCCAAUUCUCCGCCACCCCCUCCGUGCCCCUGACGCUAACCCAACAAGCGCGCAAAUUCAAAGACAUCGUGCCCUCGCACUCGCUGGCGCGCUUCCUGUCCAUCCUCAGCUUCGCGCAGCUCUUACCGCUCCUCCUCUCCGCACUCCACCGCCUCAACAUCCCCGUCCCCACGCCGUCCCAAGAAGCGCUAGAGGGCAGGAUGCGCAUGGUGAAUGUCCCGUUCAAAACCGUCGAUGCGCGGCAGCAGUUACUGCAAGGUAGCGUGGUGGUGGAGAAGCUUGGCAUGCAGACGCAGACGGGGCUGGAGGUGCUGGAGGUGCGGUUUAUCAAGGCCAAGGGCGAUCCGUUGGGCUGGAGGCGGUUGUUCAAGCAGGUUGCUGUGUUGUGUAAGGACGGUCUGGUACUGCCGGAGGGGCAUGGGGAUUAG